CUUUCCCACUCCACUCUCCCAGCGGCGCGCCACACAAUUCAAAGUCUCGCUUCUCUUCAUCUUCGAUUCACAGCCCAGACCCGCCGUUCAGCGUCCUGUUGUUCCCGGUUCAUUUGCAUGUCGCCAGUCCACCAGCCAGCCGUCUCUCUCAUCUCUUAGUUUCAGUUGCUUCUCUCCUCUCCAUCAUCUUCUCCGAGCAAUGGCCAGAAACCUAGUUCCAUUUCUGGUGCUACUUUUUUGGAUUUCGAUCUGCCAAGCUACAAGCAUUUUUCAGCCGAUCUCAGAUUCACAUAGAUAUGCGGCUCUAGAGCUCUUCAGGCCUACUGACGGAGUAUUUGGAAGUUUGGAAGAGACGCAUGAAGCAUUAAGAACAUUUGACAUUCUUGGAAUUCAAGAGAAACUUAAUAUUAAUGCUGCCACUUGCAAGUCUGUAUCAGAGGUUCUUAGUUCAUCUGCAGUCCUAAAGGAUCUGUUUUAUGCUCUGAGAGUCAACGAUGUUUUGAAAUGUGACAUUAAGGAGGAGACAUUUGAGAGCGUUACUUCAAGACUUACAACUGCUUUAAAUGAUGCGCGAUCACUGUUUGACUUCUACUACUCUAUUGGAAGUUUAUUACUUCUGAAGGAAAGAGGUUCUGGAGUUGAUCUAUCGCUUAAUGACGCCGAUGGUACUUUUCAGUCCAUCAAGGCAUUGAGCCAAAGUGAUGGAAGGUGGCGGUAUAGUUCUAAUAAUCCCGAGUCUAGUACUUAUGCUGCUGGAUUGGCACUUGAAUCUCUUGCUGGUAUUGUGUCAUUAGCAUCACCAGAUAUUGAUCAAAAUAUGAUCGAUACGGUAAAGAAUGAUAUAUUGAAACUCUUUGACAGUAUUGAGAAGUAUGAUGACGGGGCUUUAUAUUUUGAGGAAAAAGUUGUUGACGCAUACGAACAUCAUGGGCCUCUUGCAACCACAUCUUCAGUUGUCCGAGGGUUGACAGCAUUUACUUCUGUUACUUCUGGAAGCUUAAAUCUUCCUGGGGAUACAAUUUUUGGUCUGGCAAAAUUCUUCCUUGGCAUUGGAGUUCCUGGUGAUGCAAAAGACUUAUUCGACCAAAUAGAUUCCUUGGCUUGCUUGGAGGCAAAUAGGGUUUCUAUUCCGUUGAUUUUAUCUCUUCCAGCUACUGUUCUUUCAUUAACAAAGGAAGACAAACUGAAGGUUAGCAUGAAUACUGUGCUUGGUUCAGUUGCACCUCCUUUAACUGUGAAGAUAGUAAAAGCUUUUCUAUCUGGUUCAAAAGACACUUCCAUUAUCGGCAGCCAGGAACUCAAGUUUGAUCCUGUGACUGGUUUACAUAUUUUGGAUGCUUUUCCCAAGACCUUUGAUGUUGGAAACUAUGUAUUCGUGUUUGAGGUUGUUCUUCAUGAUUCAGAGCAUAUGGAUAUUUAUGCCACUGGUGGGAAGAUUCAAGUUCCAAUAUAUAUCUCAGGAGUUGUCAAAAUUGAGAAUGCAGAGAUUGCAGUUCUUGAUAGCGAUCUAGGAAGUGUUGAGACCCAGAAGAAGCUUGAUUUAGUUGGUGAGAGUGUUAUUUCAUUGUCGGCAAACCACCUGCAGAAAUUGCGUCUAUUAUUUCAACUGGCCACACCACAAGGGCAUGGUUUUAAGCCGCAUCAAGCUUUUCUCAAGCUGAGGCAUGAAAGUGGCGUUGAACAUAUUUUUGUGGUCAAUGGCUCUGGCAAACAAUUUGAAAUAAUUCUAGAUUUCCUUGGGUUGGUCGAGAAGUUUUUCUAUCUCUCAGGUCGAUACGACAUUCAGUUAACUGUUGGUGAUGCCGUCAUGGAGAAUUCUUUCUUACGGGUUAUUGGUCAUAUUGACUUGGAUCUACCUGAGGCACCAGAGAAGGCGGCUCGUCCACCUCUACAGCCUGUCGAUCUUUACUCACGUUACGGGCCCAAAGCUGAGAUAAGUCACAUCUUCAGGGCUCCAGAAAAGCGUCCACCUAAGGAGCUCUCUCUUACUUUCUUGGGCCUCACAUUUUUACCCUUCCUUGGAUUUCUGGUUGGGCUAUUGCGAUUGGGUGUGAAUCUAAAGAACUUCCCGACUUCAACAGUACCUGCCACCUUCGCCUUUCUCUUCCAUCUUAGCAUUGCAGCAGUUAUCCUGCUUUACACGUUCUUUUGGUUGAAGUUGGACUUGUUUACAACCUUAAAAGCACUGGGCAUCUUAGGUGUUCUUUUGGUAUUUUUGGGACACAGGACCCUCUCCCACCUUGCUUCAACCUCAGCUAAGUUGAAAUCUGCCUGAGAUUGUGUUUUUUUGAUUUCUUUGGAGGAAAGAACUUUUAGGAAGUUAUACUUUCAAAGACUAGUCUUAGGCAGUCUCUCAUAUUUAUAUGGUUCAAUCCAGGUUUUGUACACGGCUCAACAGUUUGGUUAGCUAAGAAAUAACAGAAUAUUUGUGCGCCCUCCACUCCUACAUGGUUGGUUUGGUGGUGCAUUUGGGAUAGCUUUUUUAUCCGUAAUAUAUCAGAAAUUACAAUUGAGAUUAGAAUAA